AGACUUUUCCGCCAGCAAUCCGGUCUCCUCCGGCAGCGCUUCUCCCCCUGGCGUCGAGGUUCCGCGCUGGCCCAUCCGUGACAGAUCGAGGAGAAGAAAGUAACAAACACCAAAUAAAGAACACGAAAAUAUAGAUAUAAACGAAGAAAACGACAUAGGAGUACCCAAGAAAAGACCAAGAAAGGGAGGAACGAAAGAGAGAAAAAGAAAGAAGGAAAAGAAGAAUAGAGAAAAUGUCAUCUGGAAUUAUCUUUUCAUUGGCCCUUUACUUGGGUCUUUUCACACUAAGAGGUCAGUGCCUCCGCAUGUCCGGGGUAUGGGUGCCCCCCGUUGCCAUCUCGGGCACAGAGGUCAAGUUCACAUGCCACUACGAGACGAGUCCUUCGCUCAAUGACACCCUGUACUCGCUCAAGUGGUACCGAGGGCACGACCAGUUCUACGAAUACAUUCCCAGAAAUAUCCCGCCGAUGAAAGUCUACGAGAGCGCCCACGUUCAUGUCGAUAAAUCCCAGAGCGACGCCAACACUGUGGUUUUGAAGGGAAUUACACGAGAAACUUCAGGGAGCUUUCAGUGUGAAGUCAUGGGCGACAAACCCCUUUUCGAGACGGAUAACUACACGAAGAACAUGACGGUUGUCGACAUACCCGCCUGGGGCCCAAGGCUCACCCACAGACCCCUGAGUUCGAAGGUGGGCGUGCAGGACAUCAUCCAGGCCCGGUGCGAGGUGGGCCCCUCCGACCCGCCCACGGAGAUCACAUGGACCAUCAACCGCGCGCCCGCACCGCCCUACGCCCGCGUCGAGACCUACAGGAACGAAAAUCGAGUCCACGUGUCGGAACUCCACAUACAAGUGACCGAGGACUUGUUCUACAAAGGGGAGCUCGUGGUGGCGUGCGGGGCCAAGCUCCUCUCGGCCUUCGAGAAGACGGCUAACGUUACCUUCGUCGACGCUAACGCUCCCGAGCCUGCGGGAUACGGGUGGCUAUCGGCAGCUUCCGUUUUUGGACAUGUAGAGAAUUCUCCUGUUCAGUUCUAA